GCGAUGUGAAAUGGCAAUUCAACUACAGACAGGAGCUGGAUUACUGCUCGUUCUCAUCACUUUACCGCACUGACCGGUUCAUUGUAAAGCCAAAUCAGUACCCCAGGUUGAAUCUUCAAAUCCCGAUUCGUGAGGCAGGCACUGGAUCGCGCAGGAAGAUGAAUACAAUCGUCUUCAAUAAAUUUACCAACCAAGUUCUUUUCGAAGAAAAGGCGAAUGAGGUGGAGAGGAAAAGCAGGACCUAUAUGGAAGUGAUGGAAGAACAAGAGCAGGAGCUGAUAAUUCCGGACAGUCCGUCCAGCCGGAGUCAGAGGGGUCUGCGAAACAGGAGGUCUGGCUCUCGGCAGGGCGCAGGGAAGGUGAGACACAAACGGCAGGCUCUUCAGGAUAUGGCUCGUCCUUUGAAACAAUGGCUUUACAAGCACCGAGACAACCCGUACCCAACUAAAACCGAGAAAAUCUUGUUGGCCCUUGGUUCCCAGAUGACUCUGGUACAAGUUUCCAACUGGUUUGCAAAUGCUAGGCGCCGCCUGAAGAAUACCGUUAGACAACCAGAUUUGAGCUGGGCAUUACGAAUAAAGUUAUACAACAAGUAUGUGCAAGGCAAUGCAGAACGACUCAGCAUUAGUAGUGAUGACACAUGUUCUGAAGAUGUGGAACAUCCACCAAGAAAUCCUGCAGAUGGAGAAUUCAACAAACCUGUCCAGGCUGUUGCCAAAAAGGAAAGUCCUAUUCUGAAGGCAGUUGGAAGACCAGGCACCACACUCAAUGAGGAUUAUGUGUCCCCACCGAAAUACAAAAGUAGCUUGUUACAUCGCUAUCUGAAUGACUCCCUAAGGCAUGUCAUGGCAUCGAAUGCAGCUAUGAAAGCUACUGACAGGAAAAGACACCAUUCUGGGUCUUUCAGCUCCAACGAAUAUGAAGAAGAAUUAGCAUCACCAUCGUCAUCUGAAACAGAUGGAAACUUUGUGUAUCGUACUGAGACAGUGGAACAGGGAACGAACAGAUUAAUCAGCUAUCCAAAGAAGAAGGAAAUAUCCAAAGAUGAAACCUACUGGAAGGAAAUUAAUGCUGCCAUGGCCUUAACUAAUCUGGCACAAGCAAAAGACAAAAUUCAAGGAACGACCAGCUGUAUCAUUCAAAAGUCCUCACAUAUUUCUGAAAUAAAGACAUUGAAAAUUUCACCGGGUAAACCAUUUUAAAGUGAAAAACUUAAAGGACUUAAAGCAUUUCCGAAGCAAAGCUAUUCCUUGUAUAUAUAUUUUUAAAAAAAAAAUCUACAACCAAUGCUGACUCCUGGCUCUGAAGCCAGUUUAGAACAAAUCCAUUUUAAAAAAUCUAAUCUUAUGUUUAUUAAUAUAUUUAGGAUCUUGCAGCAAUUUUUAAAUCUUUUGUAAUAACACAUAUUUUUGCUGUUGUUGGCCAGCUUUUUUUAAGAACAAGAACUGACUGUAAAUUGUUAAAAUGGUACAAUUUCUGAAAAAGUAUUAACUUAUUUUAUGUUACUCAAAUUAAUCUUUGACAUCUCAUGUUGGUGUUGUCAACAUGAAUAUAAUGUAAUAUAAAUAAUAUAUCAAUAAGCUACAUGUUGCACACUGAAUGCAUAUUUGCCAUAAUGAAAUUGUACUUUCGUUUAACAUGAUCAAUUCCAUGUUGUAAGGCUCUUAAUUGACAAACAAAACAGAAAAAUGUCUACAACAUGGAAUGUACAUUGUGGUCCUGGAAAAAAACCAUUGUGAUUGUUCUGGCAUGUCACUUUAUUUUGACUUCAGUUAUAGCUUGUUGACUUUGCUUUGGCUCAAAGAACACGUGUUGAAAAUAUAUGACAACUGGCAUAUCGUAAGGGUCUAAACAGUGAUCUAAUUAGAAGCAGCUAACUUAUGCACUAAGGAUUCAAACAUGCUGAAUUAUUAGCCAAUUUUAAGCUGGAAAGCUACAAAGACAAACUGAUGCUCAAAACGUUGCCUUUCAUGGUGGUAAUAUUUCAAUAUUUCUAAAUCUGAUGAAUACGUCAGUGUGCAUUGGCCUCCAUAAGCAGCUAGUAUUACUUCAUUUAAUACAUAUAGGUACUUUUAAAAGAAUAAGAUAAAGAAACAGAAAAAACUGAUCAUGACAGAAUAACUGGUACAGGGACUGUCUAUAAUAUACUGAGUGUAUGGCAUUUCUGAGAGGUGAAUUAAGAUGUUACAACUAUAAUAAGACUGUAAUAAAUGCCUACUUAAAUCUAAAUUUCAUUAAAAAUGUUAGAACACUACAAAUAGGCUGAAAAAAGCAGAAAUCAGCAAAAACAAUAAGGUCCCAAUGAGUAACGAUAGAAGUCCAAAUAAAAUGAUUUUGUUUCCUGCUGUGUUCAAAAAUCUGAUGCUAAUUUUAUACUGUAUGAACCAUGAUAAAUAGCUUGUUAAACUGGGGAAGAAACAUCAAAAUUACUCACAAUGUAUUUGGAGUCAGUGAAUGAUAGAUGGGUGGAAAAGAACAAGACUGUUUGGGCAUAGCCUACUUGCACAUACAACACAUUUGCGUCCAAUUUUGCUCAAAAUUUAACAAUCUUUUUGCUUUGCAUUCAAUUACACGUUUUUGUAGAUGGUUACCCAGGGAAUUUCACCUCAUCAUAUUUGUUGUCUUCAAAAAUCUAUUAAUUUGCUUACCAGUUAUAUAUUUUAUGAUCAGAUACAAUGGAGUUGCAUGCUCUUUCUACCUAAAAACCACCUUAAGGAGGUAACCUCACAUUUCAUCAACCUUGCGUGUACUCCUGUAUAACUGCAGCCAGUGAAAAGUGGAGUUUAAGCAGUCUGUCUGAGAACUUCCAACCUUACUUUCUGAUAAAAUUAACAAGACAUGAGGGACAUGGAUAGGUUGAAUAGGCAAGGUCUUUUCCCCAGGGUGGGGGAGUACAAAUCUAGAGGGCAUAGAUUUAAGGUGAGAAGGGAAAGAUUUGAAAUAGACCUAAGGGGCAACCUUUUCAGGCAGAGGGUGGUGCAUGUAUGGAAUGAGCUGACAGAGGAAGUGGUGGAGGCUGGUACAAUUACAACAUUUAAAAGGUGUGUGGAUGUGUAUAUGAAUAGGAAGGGUUUGGAGGGAUAUUGACCAAAUACUGGCAAACAGAACUAGAUUAAUUUGGGGUAUCUGGUCAGCAUGGACAAGUUGGAUCAAAGGGUCUGUUUCCAUGCUGUACAGCUCUAUGACUCUAUGAGUCAAUGUUUCCAUUACAUUCCUAACAUGAAAAUGCUUCUGGCAUUCAGAUAAUUGUGACCAACUACCAAACAAAUCACUUGCACAAAAUUCUGGAAUGUCAAAAGAAUUUGUACGUAUUUUUCCUAUCUAAAAGAAGAAAAUUGUAAUUGCUUAUGUUGCAAAUAUAAAAAAAAAUACAAUGGAAUAUUUUAGGGCCACCCAGCAUAAAGUCAUUCCUAACAUGCUCUUCUCUUUGUGCAAUGA